UCCAUCGUCACUGUUGUUGAUCAAUAUUAUCGAGAACUCAUAAAAACUCUGGUAAUAAUAGGCCCUUUGUGACAGUCGUGUUUCACCACAAAAUCGCAGGGAAUUUUCCAGAUGCAAGCGAGGGCUGUGCUGCAAGCUCCAACAGGAAAUGCACAAUUUUGAGGACGAGUUGACGUGCCCCAUCUGUUACAGCAUUUUUGAAGAUCCUCGGGUACUGCCCUGCUCUCACACGUUCUGCAGGAAUUGUCUGGAAAACGUUCUCCAGGCAUCUGGUCACUUUUACAUAUGGAGACCUUUACGCAUUCCACUCAAGUGUCCUAACUGCAGAAGCAUUAUUGAAAUUGCUCCUACUGGUAUUGAAUCUUUACCUGUUAACUUUGCACUAAUGGCUAUUAUUGAAAAGUACCAGCAAGAAGACCAUCCAGAUAUUGCCACCUGCCCUGAACAUUAUAGGCAACCGCUAAAUGUUUAUUGUCUGCUAGAUAAGAAGUUAGUUUGUGGCCAUUGCCUUACCAUAGGUCAGCAUCAUGGUCAUCCCAUUGAUGACCUUCAGAGUGCCUAUCUGAAAGAAAAAGACACACCUCAAAAACUCCUCAAACAGUUAACUGACACACACUGGAAAGAAGUUUCUCAUGUUAUUGAGAAGUUGGAAGAACAAAAAUCUCUUUCUGAGAAAAUGGUCCAAGGUGAUAAGGAAAUUGUUCUCCAGUAUUUUAAUGAACUUAGUAAUACAAUAGAACAGAAAAAAAACAUCUUCCUGACCGCGCUCUGUGAUGUUGGCGAUCUGAUUAGUCAAGAAUAUUCUCCCCAAAUUGAAAGAAUGAAAGACCUGAGAGCGCAGCAGCAGGAGCUGGUGGCGCUGGCGUCGUCUCUGCCCGAGGAGCCUCCGCUCUCCUUCCUGGAGAAGGUGGCCGAGGUCCGCCAGCGCGUGCAGGCUCUGCAGCAGAGCGCGCUGCCCGAGGUGCGGCCCCUGGAGAUCUGUCCUCGGGUCAGCCACGUGCUGAGCGCAGAGUGGGGCAGAACAGAAAUCGGGCAAAUCAAGAAAGCUGUGAUUCCUAAAAUGAAGAUUUCUGCAAAAAGAAUACCGUGCUCUUGGCCUGAAAAGGAUGACAGAGAAGUUGAACUUUUAAAACUUGUAAACGCUGCUAUUGUUACGCUAAUUGCAGUGAUAAUGGUGGUGAUGCUGUUUUUCAACCAACACAUAACGACCUUUUUGAAUGAGAUCACUUCCGUGUGCUUUUCUGACAUUGCGCUGUCAGUUUACCAAGGUUUAUCUAAAAAUUUUCAUGAUGUAGAGACCAUGCUGUCUCACGGCUUAUACUUGUUGAAGGAAUUUACCUGGAACUUAGUUUCUCAUUGAGUCGCUUGGUUGGGCUUGCUCUGUACAGCAGAGCCUAAGCGUUGAUAACUAGAAAUGGGUAGAACGAAUGGCAUACUACACUAGGUGCAGCACAUACAAACAUACACGUGAAAUCCUUU